AUGGCAACAAAGAUCCUUUACUUCACAGUGAAUGGGAAACCAGAGCAAGCUGAGUUCCCAGUGAAUUGUCCUUCUCAGGAUGUCAAAGAUCUGUUCCGCUCUGCAGCUGAAGCUGGGCCACAUGACAUCCUAAAGCUUUACAAUCCCAAAGGCAACAUUAUCAACAUCUCAUCAAAUCUGGAGCCUAACAAUCCAAACUCCUGCUACAAACUGGAAGUGGUUGCUUCUGGUUGCAACAGUGAGCCAUUAGGUGUGGAGCUUGCUGGUGCACUCGGAUUUGAUCUCUCAUCUAUGGAAAAAAGACUCCAAGGCCUGGAAAAGAAAAUCCUCAUUGAAGCAGGAAAUACGCCUGCAGUCAUCUAUGAGAUGAAGAAACAGGUGGAUUCAUUCCGGGAGAAACUGGAGAGUGUGGAGCAUCUUAGCUGGCUUGGAUUAUUCAAGGACUUGUCAGAGGGAGCACCCAAGCCCUCUCCGUUUUACCACAAGAGAUCCUUGCAUAAAACAAAAGAGGAAUGUGAGCAUGUCCGUGAAAAGUUCCUUCAAAUGAGCUCUCUGGAUGUAUCCGAGGAGGUGAGGCAGUACUUAAAGACGCCAACAUUUGACAACUGGCAGUGGGAGGAUGCAGAGAUAAUGGUGCUCCUGCAAGUCAUGUACACAGACUUAGAUUUUAUCGCUGCCUACAAUAUUGAACCUGAAGUUUUACAGCAGUUCCUGUUUGAAGUGUACCGCAGAUACAACAACAUCCCUUUCCACAACUUCAAGCAUUGCUUCUGUGUCACCCAGAUGAUGUAUGGUUUAAUCUGGCUGACUGACCUGAGAAGUAAGAUGGACAGCACUGACCUGCUGAUCAUGCUGACCUCUGCAGUUUGCCAUGACCUUGACCACACCGGCUACAAUAAUGCCUACCAGAUAAAUGCUCGUACGGAACUUGCCCUUCGCUACAAUGACCUCUCUCCCUUGGAGAACCACCACUGUGCUGUUGCUUUUGAUAUACUGGAGAAGACAGAGAACAAUAUCUUCAGAAAUGUGUCUCUGGACCAGUACAAACGGAUAAGGAAAGGCAUUAUAAAAUGCAUUCUGGCCACUGACAUGACAAGACACAAUGAGAUCCUCAACAAGUUCAAGUCCAUUCUGUCUUUGUUUGACUUUGACAACAAGGAACACAAAGAUGUGCUUAUGAUGAUUCUGAUCAAAGUGUGUGACAUCUCCAAUGAAGCGCGCCCCAUGGAAGUGGCAGAGCCCUGGCUGGAUUGUCUUUUACAAGAAUUCUACAACCAGAGUGAUGUAGAGAAAUUAGAGGGUCUUCCUGUCACCCCUUUCAUGGAUCGGGACAAGAUAACCAAACCCUCAUCUCAAACUGGCUUCAUCAGAUUUGUGCUUUUGCCGCUCUUUAUAGAGUUGGCCAACCUCUUUCCCUGCCUGGAGCAACACAUCAUUGACCCAGUGCGAAAGGCCCUUGACUACUACACAGAGAUGGAGAAAGCACUGGAGAGAGACAAGCAGAACCGGGCUCAAUGCGAAAAUGCAGUCAAGAGCAAAGAGAUACCACUGAGCCAGCCCAGCACAGAUGAGCGCCAGACCUCGGGACCCGAAGCCUCGAAACCAGACACACAAUGA